AAUACCUUGCAAAAUGUCGUACACAACUACAACUACUGAAAGUUACCAAGGUCCAAGGGCACCAUCAAUUGAUUCCUUGGAUCCUAUAAAUGAAGUUGCAUCUUGCAACCUUUGCAACUGAACUAUACUAAACUAUAAACUCUCUUGAAUCUAACACAUCAUCAUAAAUGGAUUUUCUUCAUAAUCCUUAUGUCUUUGCAUCUCUUUCUGCAGGUUUAGUUCUUCUGUUGGCACAAUUUCUGUUCAGAAGAAGAGAUAGAAAGAAGAAGAAGUACCAUCCAAUUGGUGGCACAGUGUUCAACCAAAUGAUGAACUUCAAUAGGCUGCAUCAUUACAUGACUGAUCUUGCAGGAAAGCAUAAGACUUACAGAUUGCUGAGUCCAUUCAGGAAUGAGAUUUACACUUCUGAUCCUAUCAAUGUGGAGUAUAUCCUCAAAACCCAUUUUGAAAAUUAUGGAAAGGGAAUGUACAACUACCAAAAUUUAAGGGAUUUCCUGGGUGAUGGAAUCUUCACUGUUGAUGGCGAGAAAUGGCGCGAACAGAGGAAAAUAUCAAGUCAUGAAUUCUCCACCAAGAUGUUAAGAGAUUUCAGCAUUUUUGUAUUCAGAAAGAAUGCAGCAAAAGUUGCAAAUGUGGUGUCUGAAGCUGCAACUUCAAACAAGACAUUGGAAAUCCAAGACCUUUUCAUGAAAUCAACUUUGGAUUCAAUAUUCCAAGUUGCAUUUGGAACUGAACUUGACAGCAUGUGUGGAUCAAGCGAAGAAGGGAAGAACUUCGCCGAUGCUUUUGAAACUUCAAGUAUGCUUACUCUAUUCCGGUAUGUCGAUGUCUUCUGGAAGAUAAAGAAAUUUCUGAAUGUUGGAUCAGAGGCUGUCUUAAGAAAGAAUACCAAAAUCUUAAACGACUUUGUCUUUAAGCUAAUUAACAUAAGAAUGCAGCAAUUGCAGACUUCAAAGGAUGAUUCUGCUAACAAACAUGGUGACAUACUCUCAAGGUUUCUGCAACAGGAGAAAUAUGAUUCGACAUACUUAAGAGACAUAAUUCUAAACUUUGUUAUAGCUGGAAAAGACACAACAGCUGCAACACUUGCAUGGUUUAUUUACAUGCUGUGUAAGUAUCCUGAAGUGCAAGAAAGAGCUGCAGAAGAAGUGAAAGAAGUAACAAACACGAAAACUAAAACAUUUAGCAGUGGUGCCGAGUUUGUGUCUUAUGUAACUGAUGAAGCUCUUGAAAAGAUGAAUUAUCUCCAUGCAGCAAUUACUGAAACUCUCAGACUUUAUCCUGCAGUUCCAGUGGAUGCAAAGAUUUGCUUUGCUGAUGAUAUAUUACCAGAUGGAUACAAUGUAAAUAAAGGAGAUAUGGUAUCUUAUCAACCUUAUGCAAUGGGGAGGAUGAAAUUCAUUUGGGGUGAUGAUGCAGAAGAAUUUAGACCAGAAAGAUGGCUUGAUCAUAAUGGCAUUUUUCAGCCAGAUAGUCCUUUCAGAUUUACAGCUUUCCAGUUCAUCUUGUUUUCUCGUCUGCAUGAGUGAUGAUGGGUGGUGGAGAGAGAAGCCAAAGUAGCUCAAGUAGGAACAAUUCUGUAGGGAGACCUUAUGACAGCAAAGGAAUGUGCAAUAGGGGAGGUAAGAACGCCAUUUUCUAUAAUUUUGCGGACUUCGGACGGUGAUGAAGUACUCAACGACGACAGAAAAUCCUGGUAGGCUAUUUAAUGGUUGUCUAAACUAUGAGGUAAGGUUAUGGCUCUAAAGAAAAUGUUAAGAUGGUUUCACUUUGAGUUUGGAUUCAGCUGCGUUUUUUUACUUUGUAGUAUGGAAUCUUUUUCUGUUGUGCUGAUGGAGGUGAAGAACCAGUUUGUGCAACACCCAUUUCACAAGAAAUUUUGCAUGAGUUCAAUUGGAGGAUGACAAACUUGGAAAGUGAUAUUAAGACCUUGAAGAUGAUGACAAUGGUUACCUUCUUAAAGUGAAAAAACAUAUCUUAGCUUAAUGGACGAACCUGCAAGGAUACAUAUAAUUUAAAUUUGUGUUGAAUUUAAAAUUAAUCCAACCACAUUAACUUGCAAUUAAAUAGUUUUUAGGUAAGUGCAUUGAUGUUGUAGUUCAGGAUGAAUAUGAACUGGAAGAUAGCGGAGAGGUCGAACAAGAGAAGAAGACAGUAGAGAGAUCGAAGAAGAGAAGACAAUAAUUUGGAGAUUAGGGUUUUAUAAUUGAAAAUGGAUUAAUUUGGAUAUCAUUAAGCAAUUUCAGGUACCAAUUUGAAUCAAAUUCAAGUUUGGUACACAUCAGCAUACAGCUGGAAUGCCACAUCAUCAACGUUUAGACAGCACUUCUGCGAGGGACUAACGGAGAUGCACUUUUUCGAAUUUCAGGGAUUUAAUUAGUCAUUUUUAAAAGUCGAGGACUAAAUUGAAUAGCAAUUUGAAAUUACCAUUUUGGGCAUUUACUCAAUUUUUAACUGAGAAUUGAGUGAAAUUAUAAGCAUCUCUGAAGAAAAUUAUCUUGCAUGCAAGCUUGUAUUAAGGCCUGAGGCUAAUUCAG